AUGGCUGAAAUUGUCACGAUACCCGAAUCUUUGCAUGACAACCAGCUACCACCUCAUGAUGAUAAGUCUGAUACCGAACACGAGGAUUCAGUUCGCCAGGAAGAAACCUCAGGAACCUCGAACGGCGAUUUGAAUCUGGAGGAAGUGACGCCAGCUCACGCCGAGGCUGCUGCUGAGGUCCCUGUCAAAGUUGUCAAUAAUAAUAAGGAAGGCGCUGGGACUAAGAAGAUAGGUCCUGUGUCUGUUGUUCCACCAAAGAAAGCAAACGGUGGCCCUCCCACUCCAACUGUAAAAAAGAUCAUCAAUUCCGGUACGUUUGGUGCAGGAUCGGUAAAGUCGGCUGGAACAAAGCCAACUACCUCUGCAGCUUCUGUGCCCCCCUCCAAAGUUGCUGCCCCGGCUAUGCGCAAGGCUCUAACGACCAAUCCCCUUGCGGCAAAGCCCACCUCUUCCGCAUCGAGUAAACCCCCUGCGCCUUCUACCACUACAGCCCGACGAGCUUCCGUUGCUCCGACAAGGACAAUCGCCUCUCCACCAGUAAAGUCCUCUCUUUCGGCUUCUACGAGCGCAAAACCUUCCGAUGCCCCUGUGCGUAGCACAGUGGCCUCUCCGACUGGAUCCGUCGCGUCCGCUUCCACGAAGGGCGCAUCUGCUGCUCCUACAGCUCGCCCUCGUGCAUCAGUAUCGGAAUCGGUAAAGAAAACACCUCCAUCCUCGCGCCCCAGCGUAGUGAGUUCCGUGAAGCCCCCUGUUACUGCAAGGUCCUCGACUACAUCCCGGUCUAGUACCGCAGCACCCGCCAAACCACCAAGUAGAACUGCUGGCUCCAUUUCAUCAAUUAAAGAAGUUAAAGAGGAUACAAAGGCUCUGGAUGAUCUUCGUACACAGCUCGCCGAGACGACACAAUCUUUCCAAUCAAAAAAUGCACAAGUUUUUGAACUCGAAAAUCAGAUAGAGACUCUCAAGCAGGCUUUGGAUAUCAAGUUAAAGGAGAUUGAAUCAAAAGAUACUUCGAUGACGGAGUCUGAGCUGGCUAGGAAAGAUGCCGAAUCCCAGUUAAUGGAGUAUCAAAAAAUGCUUAGCGAUGUUCAGAAGUCACUACAAGAGCUUACCAUUACCAUGGACACUAAGAACGAGCAGCUUGAGGCGGCCAACUCGACGAUUUCAUCCCAAAAUACCCUGAUCGAGUCUUUAAAGGCAGAAGUUCAGGAAUUAAAGGAUAACCUCGCCGCCUUCGAGAAGAAAUUGGAGAGCCUCGAACAGUCAAAUGCGCUCUCCAGUACCGCAGCAACGGAAGCAGCAUUAAUCGAACAUGAAGCCCUUGUGACCGCUCAGGCAAAUCUCAAAGCCGUCACAGAGGAAGUAGAGGCUCUCAAAGUUACCCACACCAAAGCGAUGCAAGAUUCAGAAAGUCAAAUAGCCGAACUUCGUGAACAACUGGCCGCUACCGAAGCUUUGCAAGCUCAAGUAGCAUCACUCAAAGCCGAGAAGGAGGACAACGCCAACAAACUCUCCGAGCUUGAGGUUGAAAUAUUGGAAUCAAGGGAAGUUCUGGAGAACCUUGAAGAUACAAGAGACGCCCUACAAAAGCAAAUCACCAUGCUAGAAGGUCAGUUGGCUACGCUGACGACUGCUGUUGAUGCGGCCAAUGAAUCUGCCAAACAAUCGAAUGCCUCUCACGCAGAGGAGCUCGCGGCGCUAGUUAAACGCCACCAGGCCGAAUUGGAUACAAGGUCUGAGAGCUAUAAAGCGUUGGAAAAUUCGCUCGAGGACCUCAAAAUGACUUUACUGGAAGCGACGGCGGCCAAAGAACAAGCCGAGAAGGGUAUUCUGGAAAGUGAGGCGAGUCAUGCAAAAAAGAUGGCAGAAUUGCAAGAGCUUCACGCUGCCCAGCAAGCAUCGCUGACCGCCGAUAUCGAGAAGAUCUCAGAGGAGCUCAAAAACCAAGAAACUUUUUAUAAUGCGAAAGUUGAAGUGGUAAAAAACGAGCAUGUCAAAUUGUUGCAAGAAGCCUUUGAACGUGCAAAGGACGAGGCAGCUAGGGCACACUCAGAAGAACUUAAAGUGUUCCGUGCUAACGCAGAUAUCACUGUCGCGCAAUUGCAACAAGCCAAUCAAGAAAGUAUCAACAACCUCAAGUCUGAACACCAAUCAUUGAUGGAUUCAGAAAUCAAUGCCUUAAAGAAGCAAAUCAGUACGCUGAACUUAGAACUCAAGGCCACUCAGGAUGACCUUUUUAAGGCCAAAGCCGCUGUCGAAACUUCAAACUCAGAAAUAGAGACCCUCACUCAACAGCGCGACACCGCUCGCUCACAGGCAGAGGCAGCUGCGAGCUUGUCACCUGAGCAUGCCAACGAAAUCUCUCGUCUAACAAAAGAGUUGUCUAAUACCAAGGACGACCUUGCUGCAAUGACGGAUAUGCUCAACCUCACAAGGUCCUCGAUGACUGAACUAUCCGAAAAACAUGUGAAAGAGCUUGAAGAAGCUGCAAAGAGUCGCGCAGACGAGGUCCUCAAACUACGAGAAGCGCACGAUGCUGAAGUGAAUACGUUGGCGAAACAGAAAUCAGACCUACUUGUCCGGCUUUCUGACUUGGAAGGCGAGCUUGCCACAGCAAAGGCCUCUCUGGAGGCUCGCCAAACGUCUAGUCCCAAAAACUCUGGCAAUGGAACUAUACCCGCCUCAAAUUCAGGAAUUACAAAGGAAGAAUUAAUUAAGAUGCACGAGGCGCAUAACUUGAAGGUUUACGAUCUUCAAGCUGAACACGAGAAAGCUAUGAAACUCGCGAGGGACGAGGUAGAGUCUGCGCUCGUCAAAGUGAGCGAACUACAGCAGGAUAUCGCACGCAAAGCAAUGGAAAUUCAGUACUUAGAACAAGAACAGGAAGAAAGUUCAGAACAGAUCACCCGAUUAAAGGAAGAUCUUGAGAGGCUUGGCCAGGUCGAAAGUAAAUCUUAA